AUGGCAGAACAAGAAGCCAGUGGCUUGCAACUCCUUCUCUCCAGCCUCCAGAGCUCCCAUGACAAGGAUGUGAUCCUCAAUGUUCUCAGCAUUCUCACAGACCUACUCUCCAUCGGAACAGACCGACGAAUUCACUACAUGGUCAGCAAAGGGGGGAGUGAAGCUUUGUUGCAGGCUCUGCUGAAUGUUGCACAGACAGCCCAACCAGACUACAGCAUCCUUUUACCUCUGCUUCGCCUGCUGGCUAAAGUAGGCCAAAGAGAUAGGAAGUUUGGGCUGAAAGUGCAGAAACUGGACGCAAUUGAUGUGACCCUGAGCUUGGCAAGGAAAAAUCUGACUCACCACCUGAAUCUCAUCCACUGUCUCUGGGUCCUGCGGGUUUAUGCCUCUAGUGAGUCUAACAGCCGACGGGCAGUCAACAGAGGCUACCUGUGUGAACUGCUCAGGCUGUACCAGGACUGGCACUGCUGUGAUGCCUCCAAUAGGUACAUCCAUGUCCGCAGGGGUCUCCUGCUCUGCCUCAAACACAUCACCAACAUCCGAUCUGCCAGGGAGACUUUCCUCAGUGCCCGUGGCCUGGAGAUCCUCUUCACCACUGCACAGGAUUGCCUGGAUAGCAAGCUCCUUGAUCCUAUAGUAACUACAGUGGCCCAGAUCCUGAGGAAGUGCUACCCCAAGGGGCCUCUGCCUUUGGCUACAGUACACAGCUCCUAUUCCUUCUCUCUUCCUGGGAGUGUCAGCUCCGAAUCUCCACGUGCAGUUCUUGAAGAUGGCUAUGAAGAUGAUGGUGAGGAAGAAGUGGAAAAAGACCUGGAUAACGAGGACCUGGAGCAUAAAGAGGAAGAUGAUGAUUUGGAGACAGAUGUGAACAAACUGAGCUCAAAGCCAGGUCUUGACAGGCCAGAGGAGGAGUUUGAGCAGUAUGAGGCAAUGUGUCCUGAACUUUCCCUUGCUUUCCAGGAGCUGGAAACAGGGUCUGAAGAUGAGAAGGACUUUGAGGAUAUGCCUAGGAGCCUGCCAGGCACUCACCCCCGAGUCAUUCCGAAUGCUGCUUUCAUGAAGCAGCAGCAUUGCAGACACAGGGACCAAAGUGCCAUGGGUCCAGAGCCAGAGGAAACAGCUUUCAAGACUCCAGUGCAGAGCUGGGCAAAGAAGGAGAAAUGCACUGGGGCUCCAGCCUUUGAAAAUCAAGCAAUGGGAGAAUCAGUCCGAGAUGCAGAUACCCUUUGUGAAAGAGAAGAUCCAUGCAGGAGCCAUGCACCCACUCUGCAUCCUCCCCUAAAAGAAGCCUCCUGGGACACACAAACAUUUCAUACUCACUGUGCGAGCUGCUUAGGUCCCAGCCCCAUGGGAGGAGUGGGAGCCUCAAACAUAGCGACAAAGCUUCUGGAGAGACACCAAGGGGAUAUCCCAUUCCACAGCCCCCACUUCUACAUGGCCAGGGCUGGAAGCACCAAGUCCAUUCCGGACUACAGAGUCUUGGCGUUCCCUGAUUUCUGGGGCCACCAGCCCCCUCCUUAUUGCCAGUCCCUGCUGGAGCGGAAAUAUGGAGUUCAAAGAGCCAAAAUAUUUGAGGAUGUUUCUCGUCUAAUCCAGCCAAGUGAGGUGAUAGACAGAGUUGUCUUUGAUUUAGAUGGGCGCAGCCCCUCAAGCACAGAUGCUCCAGACUGCCUGAGAUUCUACUCUAAAUUUGAAUCAGGAAACCUUCGCAAAGCCACCCAAGUGCGCAAAUUUGAGUAUGAUUUGAUUCUGAACAGCGAUGUGAACAGUGUCCAGCACCACCAGUGGUUUUACUUCGAGGUCAGUGCCAUGAAGCCAGCCGUUCCCUACCGCUUUAACAUCAUCAACUGCGAGAAGGUCAACAGCCAGUUUAAUUACGGCAUGCAGCCGGUCAUGUAUUCGGUGAAGGAAGCUCUCCAAGGCAAGCCUCACUGGAUUCGGGUGGGCUCUGAUAUCUGUUACUACAAAAACCAUUACCGCCGUAGGGCAGCCACAGCGGGAGGCGCACGAGGGAAAUCCUACUACACGCUCACCUUCACCGUCACGUUCCCGCACGGGGAGGAUGUCUGCUACCUGGCCUACCAUUACCCCUACACUUACUCUGCACUGAUGUCCCACCUUGACAUCCUGGAAGAAACCAGGAACCCCAAGAAGGUCUACUACAGACAGCAGACACUGUGCCAGACUCUGGGAGGAAACCCAUGCCCACUGCUCACCAUCACUGCUAUGCCAGAGUCUAAAAGUAGUGAUGACCUGGAGCAGUUCCGCAAUCGUCCCUAUGUGGUGCUCAUGGCCCGUGUUCACCCUGGGGAGAGCAAUGCCAGCUGGGUAAUGAAGGGGACUGUGGAGUUCCUAGUGAGCGGUGACCCCAUUGCUGAGCUCCUGAGGAAAUGUUUCAUUUUCAAAAUCAUCCCCAUGCUCAAUCCAGAUGGAGUCAUUAAUGGCAACCACCGGUGCUCCUUGAGUGGGGACGACCUGAAUAGACAGUGGCUGGCUCCCAGCUGCCAGCUCCAUCCAACCAUUUACCACACCAAGGGCCUCCUCUACUACCUGUGCAGCGUUGGCCGGGCUCCGCUGGUAUUCUGCGACUAUCACGGCCACUCCCAGAAGAAGAACGUGUUCCUCUAUGGCUGCAGCAUCAAGGAAACCUUGUGGCAGGCAGGCUGCACUGUCAACACAGCAGUUGUCACAGAAGAUGUUGGCUACAGGACCCUCCCAAAAAUCCUGGAUAAAGUGGCACCUGCAUUUGUCAUGAGCAGCUGUAGCUUCCUGGUGGAGAAGUCACGUGAAUCAACAGCACGGGUAGUAGUGUGGCGGGAGAUUGGUGUGUUGAGGAGCUACACAAUGGAGAACACCUACUGUGGCUGCAGCCAUGGGCUCUACAAGGGCCUGCAGAUUGGAACGCGAGAGUUGGAGGAAAUGGGAGCCAAGUUCUGCCUGGGACUCCUCAUCCUGCAGCUCAAAUCCUUGCCCUGCAGCAAGAAGCUGAUGGCUCAGGCAGCAGCCCUGCUGGAUCUGGAGGAGGAGAUUGCAGACCAUUGGGCACAAAGGAGCAGCAGCACCAACAACCUGGAGAUUGACGAUGAACCUCCUUGUGGGGAAGAUGUCGAUUACAAUACUGACAGCUGCUCUGACCAGGAAGGGGACUUCUCUGAGCUAGACGAAGAGAUCCGGGAGAUCUCCCUGAGGGCAGAAGGAGAGGUGGAAGAGGAGGGGGCCAGCGAGGGACAGACAUGCGGUUCCAGCGUUCUUGGAGGGUUUUACAUUUCCAGCCACCAAACAGCCAAUAGCAAAGCUCUCCCGCUACCAUCAGCGUCACUCGGCGUGUUUGCUGGGUUUGAAAGCAGCCCUGUGUAAACAGAGCUUUGACUUACCAAGCAAUAAGCAAAUGGGUCACUGCUCCUCUUUACCCAUUUGCCGACUUCAGCUUUGUUCCCAGAUGUGUUGCCCCAGUUCUGCAUGGAAAACUGACUUCAUGUUUAUGGAAAAUAGAGAGAGAGAGAGGUUCCCUACCCUGUGCAUACAGGGAGGGGUGAGCAGUCACUUGUCCAUAUGGUGCAAUGUGAAGACUUAGGGCAUUCUUAUACAUUGUCACCAGUGCAAUCACUUUCUCUAAUUUAGUUGUCUGUGGCUUCAUGCAGAUUGUCAUGAUGGUUGGUCUUUUGAGUGCCUAAGGUAUGGGAGAAGAGUCCUUCACCCCAAUUCCUUCCCUUACUGUCGUGACUUAGAAAAUCUCAGAAGAUCUUUUUCUGAAGAUUUUUGGCCAGAGUUGAGAUAUUUGUUUCAUUUUUUUGCUCUGAGGUUUUGCUGCAUGUAUCUGAAUUCUAGGGGCCUGAUCCAAAGAUUACCAUUGACGUUAAUGGGCUUUGGAUCAGGUUCUGUGUGAUUAACAACUAGCCACAUUCCAACGUACCUGGAGAAUCCACCACCACCACCUACAGUAGUAACCAAUCCAACCAAUAAUUAGAAUGGAGCAGAUUCUCAUCUGGUAUAAAUCAGUGUUUCUCCAUUGACUUCAGUGGAGGGAUGCCCAUAUACACCAGAUAUACACCAGAGGGAUGGUGAAAUAUGUGCAGUGGCCCAAUAACUGCUUCAUUAUAUACCAUUCUAUUGAUCCACUUCCUCCCCAGAUACUCAGGAAAGAAGAUGAGCUUUGAAGCAUGCCUGGAUGGUUCCCAAACAGAGAGUUGCCUGAGGUUCUUUCAUUGUAUUUUCUCAAGUAUGCAUCCUGAGGAUCGUCCACGCUUAUGGAAACACCAUAUGCACAUGUGUUCUGGCACACCAGGCCAAAUGCUGCUCUCAGGCACACUGGAAUAAAUGGAUCAGUGAAGUCAAUCAAAUGACUGCAGAUUUACACCAAUGGACCAUAGGCACCAAUUUCUUCUGGUGCCGGUGGGUGCUCGACCCGGCUCUGCCCCCGGCCCUGCCCUGACUCCACCUCUGCCCUGUCCCUCCCUCCCCCAUUCCAACCCCUUCUCCAAAGUCCCUGCCCCAACUCCGUCCCCUCCUUCCCCUAUUUGACUCCUUCCCCAAAUCCCCGACCCGGCACCGCCUCUUCCCUGCCUCCUCCCUGAGUACACCACGUUUCCACUCCUCCACCCUCCCUCCCAGCACUUGCUAUAGCUGUUUGGCGGCAGCAAGCACUGGGAGAGAGGGAGGAAUGGAGAUAUGGCAUGCUCGGGGAGGAGGCGGAGGAGGAGGCAAGGCGGGGGGUGGGGCGUGGAGCUUGGCUGCUGAUGCGUGCAGAGCACAAGAGAUCCACUUCCUGGACACUAUGGUGCUAAUAAGCGAUGGUCACAUAAACACCACCCUAUACCGGAAACCUACUGACCGCUAUUCCUACCUACAUGCCUCCAGCUUUCAUCCAGAUCACACCACACAAUCCAUUGUCUACAGCCAAGCUCUUCGAUACAACCAUAUUUGCUCCAACCCCUCAGACAGAGACAAACACCUACAAGAUCUCUAUCAAGCGUUCUUACAACUACAAUACCCACCUGCUGAAGUGAAGAAACAGAUUGACAGAGCCAGAAGAGUACUCAGAAGUUACCUACUAGAGGACAGGCCCAACAAAGAAAAUAACAGAAUGCCACUAGCCAUCACCUUCAGCCCCCAACUAAAACCUCUCCAACGCAUCAUCAAGGAUCUACAACCUAUCCUGAAGGACGACCCAUCACUCUCACAGAUCUUGGGAGACAGCCCAGUCCUUGCUUACAGACAGCCCCCCAACCUGAAGCAAAUACUCACCAGCAACCACACACCACACAACAGAACCACUAACCCAGGAACCUAUCUUUGCAACAAAGCCUGUUGCCAACUGUGUCCACAUAUCUAUUCAGGGAACACCAUCAUAAGGCCUAAUCACAUCAGCCACACUAUCAGAGGCUCGUUCACUUGCACAUCUACCAAUGUGAUAUAUGCCAUCAUGUGCCAGCAAUGCCCCUCUGCCAUGUACAUUGGUCAAACUGGACAGUCUCUAGGUAAAAGAAUAAAUGGAUACAAAUCAGACAUCAAGAAUUAUAACAUUCAAAAACCAGUCGGAGGACACUUCAAUCUCUUUGGUCACUCGAUUACAGACCUAAAAGUUGCAAUUCUUCAACAAAAAACUUCAAAAACAGACUCCAACGAGAGACUGCUGAAUUGGAAUUAAUUUGCAAACUGGAUACAAUUAAUUUAGGCUUGAAUAAAGACUGGGAGUGGAUGGGUCAUUACACAAAGUAAAACUAUUUCCCCAUGUUUAUUCCUCCGACCCCCCCCCCCACUGUUCCUCAGAGGUUCAUGUCAACUGCUGGAAAUGGCCCACCUUGAUUAUCACUACAAGAGGUUCCCCCCCCCCCCCCGCUCUCCUGCUGGUAAUAGCUCACCUUACCUGAUCACUCUCCUUACAGUGUGUAUGGUAACACCCAUUGUUUCAUGUUCUCUGUGUAUAUAAAUCUCCCCGCUGUAUUUUGCAUUGAAUGCAUCCGAUGAAGUGAGCUGUAGCUCACGAAAACUUAUGCUCAAAUAAAUUUGUUAGUCUCUAA